UCAAAACUUCAGCAAUCUAUCUACCCCUCUCUCUCUCUCUCUCUCUCUCUUCUUCUCUCUCCUCUCGCUCGUCGACGCUACUCAUUUCUCAGUAAAUCGCCGCCGCGCACGGCGUUCCUCCCGGCGGUCCCGUCGCACCUCGAUCGACCGCAAGGCCAUGGCGGAGUCUCCAUCCCAAGCGCAGGCGCAUCCCGUGCCCGACGCCGCCGCGGCGGCGGCGGCCUCGGAGUACUGGUGCUACCAAUGCGAGAAGCGCGUCGCCGUCGAAACCCUAGCGGACCUCCACGACGUCGUGUGCGUGGAGUGCAAGAACGGCUUCGUCGAGUCGAGGCCCGCCGCGUCGUCGGCGCAGCCAUCGCCGUCCGAUCAGCUCGACGAUCCCGCCCUCGGCUCGCAGUUCCUCCAGGUCCUGCGGUUGAUCGCGCAGGCGGCGCGUGACGAGGACGUGCCCCCGCCGCCGCCCUCGAAUCCGCUGUCGGACGACGAUUUCCUCCGGAUCGAGCUCGAUGGAUGGGACAACGACGAGGACGAGGAUGAAGACGACGACGACGACGAUGGGGAAGAGAAUGAGGAGAACAGUAACCGCGAGGGAAAUGAACGAGGCGAGGGGGGGAGGGAGGGUGAUAAUCAAUCGGAUAACGAGAACGGAGGAGAGAGCAGGGAUGAAUAUGAUGAGGACGAUGCGCGGCGGAGGCGGCGUGACGUGCUCAGGCUCCGGAUCCGAGACUUUGCAACCCGAGGUCGGAGCGGGCGUAACCGGAUUCUCGAUUGGGCGGAGAUUUUGAUGGGAUUGGAUGAUAGCUCCAUCGAGCUGAGGCUCGAAGUUCCUGAAUCAGACCGCUACAUAGGCAAUCCGGAGGAUUACGUGGAUGACGCUGGGUACCAGGCUUUGCUGCAGAAUUUGGCGGAGAGCGACAGUGGAAGAAGAGGAGCUCCACCAGCCGCAAAAUCAGCGAUUUUGGAGCUUCCAACUGUGGAGAUCAGAUCAAAGGACGAAACCUUGGUGUGUGCGAUCUGUAAGGACAUGGUGAGUGUCGGUGAGAUGGCGAAGAAAUUGCCCUGUGGGCAUGGUUACCAUGGGGAUUGCAUCGUGCCAUGGUUGGGUGCGAGGAAUACGUGUCCGGUUUGUCGGUUUGAGUUGCCGACUGAUGAUCCUGAGUAUGAAGAGGAGAAGAAGAAGAAAAUGAAUGUGAAUGCAGGUGGGAGCUCCGGUUCUGUUGGAGAUAAUUCGCUGGAAUAAGUUUGCUUGAUUUAUUGUUGAAUUUGCUUGUUUGGUGGAUUAGAACAACAAAUUUGAAUGCUUUUUUUUUUUUGCUGCCUUGAUAAUGAAUGUAAAUGAUGUUUUACCAAGUUGUCUUGUUUGUGUUUA